UGAAGCAUUAUUUGGUGGUGAAGUAUUAUUUGGUGGUGAAGUGUUAUUUGGUGAUGAAGUGUUAUUUGGUAGUAAAGUGUUAUUUGGUAGUGAAGUGUUAUUGGAUAGUGAAGUGUUAUUGGGUAGUAAAGCAUUAUUAGGUGGUGAAGUGUUAUUGGGUAGUAAAGCAUUAUUAGGUGGUGAAGUGUUAUUGG